GAGCCCGGGGCCACAUGGAGGUGUUGGAUCACCUCACCUGCUCUCCUCCUCUCCUUGCUCCUCCCCCUUCCAGGUGUGGCCUCUCUCUCCCCCGGACUACACCUGCAGCCGGCCGACACACACACCCCUACAUCGCUACAGUAGCCUCCCCGAGCCUUUCCCCUCUCCUACGUCGCGAGGACCGUCAGCCUAUGACAGCGAAGGAUUCUGCUCUAUGUCCCUCCCUCCCUCUCAGAUUGGCUAUCUACAAAACCCUGCCCACCAGGGUUACGGAAGUCUCCGCCUCCACUCCCCCCCUUACGGUCUCUACGGUUCGCCUUCCCCCUCCCCCCGCCUCAUUGCCAGCCCAGACAAGAUGGCGGCUGCUUCUGCCGCUGCAGCCAAUCAGAACGCUUUUCUCGGCUCCUCACCCAGCGGAACCCUGGCGGACAGUCUGGGCAUGCUCAGUGGAGGCCAGCAUGCCAACUUCCUGUUUGACUCUCGGACGCUGGGAAUGGCUGGCAGCCAGUCAGGGGGAGGGGCUUCACAGGUCACUACCCACAUGGGCUGAGAAAUACUCCGACCCUGACCCCCAGGGUUGCUUUCGCAAAUAGCUGCUUCUCCGGGUAGGACAUGGGUUUGUAACUCUGGAAUAAAUCACCAGCCAAUGAGGAUUGAUGAGACAUCUCACGGACCUAUGAGGAGA